UUCUCCUGUUUAGGGUUGGAUUUCUUUUUCUCUUUUUCCAAAAUUGCUCCUAACGGGCUAGAACUCUAGGAGCAAUGUAAAUUUCGAAAACAAAAAUUAGUUGUCCUGCAUAACUCUAUAACUCUAUUAUGUUGCUGUUAUUGAAUAUCAAUGAAGAUUUAUGAUUAGUAUAAAGUUGCUGUUAUUGAAUAUCGAUGAAGAUUUAUGAUUAAGGAAGCUUCAUGAAAAAUUAGAAAGCUGAUGGAGAAGCCGUCACCACUGAAACCUUUGUCACCCCAAGAAUGGGAGGCUCUCAUCGACGAUUUCCAGUACGGAGGUGCACGUCACGAGAGAUGGACCGUCGCACACUACACGGGUGUCUCUCUCCUCGAGCUCUCUCUUUCGUCACUUCUCAGAAAGGACUUCCCUCUGAAUCUCAAACUCCAUCUCAUCGUUUUCCUGGAGGAGUCUUUCUCAGACUUACCCUUCCGAGCGGAAGAGGCCGAACAAGCCUUGAAUCGGCUUGUCGAGACCCUCCGCGUGCUAGUCCAAGCUCCAAUUGACAAUGUCUCUGUCACAUACUCUCUCAAAGAGCAAAUGAUGGUUUCGGCAACCGCAAUAUUCAUUGGAAAUGCAAUUGUUGAUGAUGAGGUGCUUUAUGUACGCCAUCUGGAGAGCUUGACGGAAUUGUUGUUGACAGUUAUAAAUCGGCCAAAUCACGGGAUGGACCGACAGACCAGGGCGGUGGCCUGUGAGUGCUUACGAGAGCUAGAGAGAGCUUGCCCUUGCUUGCUUUCCGAAAUCGCGGGGCAUUUCUGGGGACUGUGCCAAAGCGAGCGGACGCAUGCCUUCCAGAGCUAUGUUCUAUUGCUGUCUGGUGUAAUUCACAGUAUAGUGAUGUCGAAGGUGAAUGUUUCCAUACUCAACACGUCCGUCCCUUUGGUUCCAUUCAAUGUUCCCCAAUUUUUGAUUGGUGACGGUGGUGGGUUGAAUAAGGAGAUUUCAGGUUCCAGUUAUAAGGAGCUGAGGAGGGCUAUGGCUUUCUUGCUUGAAUGGCUGCAGUGUUUGACUCCUGCUGGGUUGAUGGAGUUCAUGUCCAUGAUAAUGCCGGUUGCAGUGGUUUUGGAGUUGCAGGCAUCGUUGUUGAAGGUACAGUUCUCUGGCCUUCUUUAUUCGUAUGAUCCGCUGCUAUGCCAUGCUUUUUUAUUGAUGUAUUCACAAUACUUGGAUGCGUUUGAUGGGCAAGAACGUGAAGUUGCGCACCGUCUUGUGCUAAUAUCAAGAGAAUCCCAGCAUCAUUUGGUUUUUCAAUUGCUAUCGCUUCACUGGCUGGUUGGUUUCAUUGGAUUACUAUCAAAUAGAGAUGUAAGAAAAAAGAAAGCAAUAAUCCAAAUGAGCUUGAGCUUUUACCCAACAGUAUUUGAUUCCCUUGCGUUGAAGUCGUUGAAACUUGACUUGCUUGCCUAUUGUUCAAUUUUGCUUGAUAACUCUAGAUUGGCAGAUGCAAACAGUGCAUUGGAUCAGGACACAGGUUCUGGAUUAUCUGCAGUGAAGCUCUUCAAAGAUGGUCUCGUCUCAGUAUCUGCUUUCAAAUGGUUGCCUCCUUGGAGCACUGAAACUGCAGUGGCUUUCCGUUCCUUCCACAAAUUUUUGAUAGGUGUGUCGUCUCGUUCCAACAUUGAUUCUUCUUCCACUAGAAUUCUCAUGGAGUCCGCCAUCUUCCUCACUUUACAGAUGAUGUUGGUGGACCUGACAAUAGAGUUCAUGGGAUUGGUCCCAGUCAUUGUUGCUUUUGUAGACCGCUUGUUGGGCUGUAAUGAGCACCAUUGGUUGGGAGAGCGCUUGCUUCAGACAUUUGAUGAGCAUUUGCUUCCAAAAGUCAUGGUAGACUACAAAUUGGUAUCUUACCUCCCAAUAUUUGAUAGAAUUGCUGAGAACAAUACGGUUCCUCCUGGUGGAUUGUUGGAGCUGCUUACCAGGUUCAUGAUUUUCCUUGUCGAGAAACAUGGCCCAGACGCCGGAUUGAAAUCUUGGUCUCAGGGAAGUAAAGUUCUUGGCAUCUGUCGAACGAUCCUGAUGCACCACCACAGCUCCAGGUUGUUCCUUGGACUAUCACGUCUUCUUGCAUUUACUUGCCUUCAUUUUCCUGAUUUGGAGGUUCGUGAUGAUGCAAGGAUCUACCUGCGGAUGCUUAUCUGUGUGCCAGGAAAGAAACUCCGGCACAUACUUGAUCUAGGGGAGCAAUUACCUGGCAUUUCACCAUCUUCCCAGCCCAGCUCAUUCUUCAAUGUUCAGUCUCCUCGACCUUCUCGUGAUCUCAAGAAAUUCGGGAAUAUUACAUCCUACAUCCACCUUGAGCGGGUGAUACCGCUGCUUGUCAAACAAUCUUGGUCAUUGUCCUUAUCAACUCUAGGUAUCAGUGGCAAUGAAACUGGUUUUUUAGAGGACACCAGGGACAAUGAAGCCCUGGUUGACCAAAGGGAGCUUGAUGGAGGUACUAGUAUCCAGAUUAUCUCGAAAACAGAAAGAAUUGAUCAGCCACGGGAGCCAUUACGUGUGAUGGAUUCAAAAAUUGCAGAGAUAGUUGGAACAUUAAGAAAACAUUUUUCAUCUAUUCCUGAUUUCAGACACAUCCCAGGCAUCAAGAUAAGAAUAUCCUGUAGUUUAAGAUUUGAAUCAGAGCCUUAUAAUCACAUAUGGGGUCUGCCUGCUAAUGGUUCUGAUGGAACAGAUGCACUUCCUGCCAUCUAUGCAACUGUGCUAACCUUUUCUUCUUCAGCACCGUAUGGGUCUAUUCCAUCAUAUCACAUACCUUUUCUUCUAGGGGAACCUCCCAGAAAUGAUUAUUCCUUGGUGCAAAGGGAUUCCUUAGAAAUUGUUAAUGUCGGAAAUGGUUUAGAAAAAGAAACAACCUUCAAAGCUCCUGUUAUGAUUGAAUUGGAACCACGGGAACCAAUGCCUGGUCUUGUUGAUGUGUCGAUUGAAACAAAUGCAGAAAAUGGUCAAAUAAUCCUUGGUCAGCUUCAGAAUGUCACUGUUGGCAUUGAAGACAUGUUUCUUAAGGCUAUUGUCCCAUCUGACAUUCCGGAAGUUGCAGUACCUGGUUAUUAUUUCGAUUUAUUCAGUGCUCUGUGGGAGGCAUGCGGUACUUCUUCCAGUACUGGUCGAGAGAUCUUCCCGUUGAAAGGAGGCAAAGGGGUUGCAGCAAUCAGCGGGACCCGGUCAGUCAAGCUGCUUGAAGUUCCUGCAACCUCUUUGAUUCAGGCUGUUGAGCAAUACUUGGCACCUUUCGUUGUUAGUGUUAUUGGUGAACCCCUUGUCAAUAUUGUGAAGAGUGAAGGAAUCAUCAGGGACAUUAUCUGGAAGGAUGUGGCUUCAGAUUCUGCCUUUGAUGUUACUAUCUCAGAUACAAAGUUUAAUAAGGGCCCACUUUAUCUCAAAUACAUUGAGGAUGAGGAUGAUAGAGAAAGUCAUGUUCACAUCAGCAAGAAAAACAUGGGUUGCUUUCUCAUUUUGAUAUUCCUUCCACCCAGAUUCCAUCUCCUUUUUCAAAUGGAAGUAUGUGAUGUUUCGACAUUAGUUCGAAUUAGAACUGAUCACUGGCCAUGCCUAGCUUAUAUCGAUGACUACCUGGAAGCUCUAUUUACUCUAUAGAAUGUUUUUUUUUUACCCCCUUCUCUGGCGCAUGUAGUUUCUCUGUUUUUGUUGUUGAAAGAUCAUUGCAAGUACUCUAAAUUCUUUUCCCAUAUUUUUCCCCAAAUCGGAAGUACUAUUUGGCACUCAAGAAUAAAUAGUGUACAAUGUACAUACCCCUCCUAGUGCGGAUCCUUCUUUAUGUAUUUUUUCAUGUACUAGAAAUUUCAGAAAUGUAUUCUAUUGGCAUCUGCA